AUGCCCACACUGACCUCGCCCGUUCCAGUGCCUCGCCCGUCCUACUCGCAGGCCCGGGAGAGUCUGGUGCGGGCCAUCCCCCCUGGGCUGCUGUGUCUGCUGGCCUGUGGGGGGGUUGGCUGCAGAUAUGAGGGGCCCGAGUGCUGGCAAUCCAACCAGCAGGCCAUCAGAGGGCUCUUCUCCUCAUGGGUAACCGAUGACAUCAUUGCAAUGGCGAGACCAUCCAAUGAUCUGAUUGAGAGAUAUAACAUCAUUGAACAAUUCAAGAAACUGAACAUCCGGUCCAUCAUCAACAUGCAGCAGCCUGGAGAGCACUGCCACUGCGGCCCUCCUCUGGACUCCAGCAGUGGCUUCACCUACUCCCCUGAGAUCUUCAUGGACAACGACAUUUACUUUUACAACUUUUGGAUGCCAGACUUUGGGGUGUCCUCUCUGGUCAGUAUCAUCGAUGGAGUGAAGGUUUUGACUUUCGCAGUGAGAGAGGGAAGAGUAGCUGUGCACUGUCAUGCUGGUCUGGGCAGAACAGGAGUGCUGAUCGCCUGUUACCUCAUCUACACCCUGCGCAUCAGUCCAAGUGAGGCAGUGCAUUUUGUGCGGGUCAAACGCCCUCGCUCCAUCCAGACGCGGGCGCAGAUUGGGCAGGUGUUUGACUUUGCCCGCCUCCUGGGCACUCAGCUGGUGCAGUACCCAGACCUGAGCCUCCGACACGGGGCACCCUUCACCCUCCAGCACUACCUCAACAGACAGGCCCUGCUACUGCAUGGACAGGAGGCACGCGCUCUCCGGUACAUGCCCAAGGUGUUGUACCUGCUGUGCUUGCGCCUCUCCUGCCUGGCUCUGGGCCUCCCUGCCCCUCUGGAGGUCCACUCUGAGCUGGAGAAGCGCUCAUCUAUUCGUACCCUGAGCAGAGCAGUGCGGGACACCCUGGUCUCCCGACAGUUCCUUCCCUUGGUGCAUGCAGGGCAGCUGGGAGGCUGUGGGGGGAGUAAGGGGAGGGCCGGGCCUGUGUGCUCCUGGGAUGAGCCUCUGGGGUUUCUCCAGAGGAAGAGAGCGCUCCUACAGGAAAAACGCAGCUACAGUGACUCUGACCUCACCAGGAUCACACUCACUCAGGACACAGAGCUAGGCCUGUACUGCUGUGCUGCUGUGGGACAUGAGAUGAGCUGGUGUGUCCAGGACCUUAGACCUGUUCAGAACCAGAACUUGAUCAGAACCAUCCACAGGCCUCCUCCAAGGACCUGUCCCAAACGCUCCACCUACUCAGCCAAGAGAAUGCUCAUGAAAUUCACCUCCACCUCUGAGGUCAUUCAUGUUUUAAUAUGUCACAUCACCUUCGUAAAAAUUUAUAGGAGGCUGUACAUUCAUAUGUCUGGGACUCCUCAGCACACAGCCCCCAGUGCUGUGAGCCGAGCUGUGGCUAAGGCCUUGGCAGACCCUGGGCCUGCUGGAGAGAGUGUUCUGCAGAGGUCCUCCCUGCUCCAGGAGGAGCUGAACAGCAGUGAGUGUGGAUGGGCUCUUCUGGUCACUGAGUGUGACCCUCAUGUCCUCAGCUGUCUCCUGUGGACCUGGCUCGAAAAGCUCAGGGACCCCGUGUUAAAUGCAGAUGACAUCAUCAAACUAUGCAGCAUCUCCAACAACAACAGUCCUAUCUCUGAGCUCAAGAAGGCCCAGAAACACACAGUCCAGUGUCUACUGCGCUGUGUGGCCACAGUGUCUUCUCUGUGUCCUCACAAAGAGGAUGCUCUGCUGCAGCGACUGCUCCGGGCUCUCACCAGGUCUCCUCUGUGUGAAGUGAAAGGAGCUGACAUUCUGAUGGCAGUUUUCAGGGCAGCCCUCAGAGAAACCUUUUGUAACCACAAGAACAUCUCCAGAACCUGAGGAGUCAAGACAUGCACCAUUUAGUU